UGUCCGCUCGCGAAUAAGAUGUUUCUUGUAUAAGAAACUACUGCUAUUCUGCUCACAUAUUCAUAUCGACCUAAAUAAUUGAAUUUCGACGUAAUGGUAGGGAAGAGAGAGAUAAUUACUCUAUGUUUAUUAAUUAAAACAACGUUUGCUAACUUAUCAGUGGACGAUGCUGGAUGGCAUGGACUAUCUGAUUUCGACAUCACGAAUUAUGUCUCCAACGACCAUAACGUAAACAUUCAUCAGAAUAUUCCUUCUCAUGGAUCAUAUUCUUCCUUCGAAAAUGGUGGCGGUUUUCAUUUAGAUAUGGAUCAAGGAUUUAAAGACAGCAACAUUCAACAUACAAUCGUUCAAGCUGUGCCGAUCAACGAGCACGUGGAAAUUACAAAACCAGUGCCAGUACCAGUUAUAAAAAAUAUCGGAAUUCCAGUGCCACAGCACGUAUCGAUACCUAUUCCUCAUCCUAUGGCAGUAGGUGUUGCUCAACCCUAUCCUGUUCACGUGCCGGUCAUCAAGCAUAUUCCUGUGCCGAUUGUAAAAACCAUCGCAAUUCCAGUUGAGAAGAAGGUUCCAUAUCCGGUGGAGAAAAUCAUACCGGUGCCCGUGGAAAAGCCGGUGCCAAUAACUAUCGAGAAACAUGUACCCGUUCCUGUGGAAAAGCUAUAUCCGAUUCAUAUACCGAUUUAUAAGCACAUCUUCCACCGAAGAAAAACAAAGAAACGCGGUCGCAAAUGGUAUUAUUGAAGAAAGUUGAGCUAUAAUUAGUUAUAAUUAAACGAAAUUUCAACGGAUGACACGAAUGACUGUUGAUUCGUGGAAUAUUUUCUCGCAGACGAAUGACAUUAGAUAGCGAAAGUAAACUCAUUUUUCUUGAGUUACAAGUCUUGUUGACAAGAUUGUUGUACUUGUUAAUGAUGAGAAAGCAAUAUUCGCUUCUCUCUCUCUCUCCUUGCCUGUUUUUUAGUAGCACCGUAGCACAAUUGUAUUUACACUUGUUAACAAGCGUUGUUCAUUAUU